AUGCCUCCACGUAAACGGCUCUCCAGCGCUGCGGCUGCGUCCCGCCAGGCAAAACGCGCGCGACUUGCUCUUCCCGAACCAGAUUCGGGAUUGCCAUUCUCGCCUGCGGGCCCUGACUCGGAAUUCCAAGAUCCCAUGCGUCAAUCCCUUCUCGAGGAGAUUGAGGCUAUUCUCAAGCUUGAACACGGGUCAGACUACACUGUACCCGUAGAGGUGUGGGCAGCACUCUGGCUCAGCGACAUCGAAAACCUUCGGGUAUUUAAAACCCAACAUCCUCCCUUGUUAAACGCCUCGCUCCGAAUUCAAAAUCUGGCUCAAGAGCUCUUGAAAUCAUGGAACCAAAGGAAGCGAUCUCGGUCUACGACGAGCUCUCCAGCACGCACUCCGAAUCCUUCAACCGGACGUUCUGCCCGACCAAGUCGAAUUGCUUCAUCACUUCAUGAACACAUCCCAAGUGUCAUUGAGCGUCUUAAAAACCUAUCUACCUCAGAACCUAGGCUCAGACGCUCAGACCGUGAAAAGAAUCUGUGUAAAUCGAGGGAUAAUACGCGUUGUGUUGUCACGCACAUGCCAGAGAUUGUCGAAGUCGCCCAUAUCUAUCCUUAUCCCAUGUCAUCCCUUCCUCGUAACGACUCCUUCUGGGGUAGUCUACAGGUAUUUUGGUCGGAGGAACGUAUUAAGCAAUGGAAGGCGGCCGUUUUUACAGAGAGAAGCACUAAAGCUUGUUAUAACCUCAUCACCUUUGAUCCUCUGGUCCACGCGUGUUGGGGGCGAGCUCUAUUCGCUCUGAAGCCUCUUGAUGUUGCUGAGGAUCAAAAGAGCAUGCAAGUCCAGUUUUUCUGGCUCCGCAAUUAUCCCAGACGACCAGCCCAGUCCAUUACUAGCCGUCCAGAAUUACCUGCGAGCCUUGACGGGAACCUUGCAGAUUUAUGCCUUUUUGACUGCAUAACCGACAAAGUAAUAGUUUCAGGUACUGUCUUGACGCUGCAUACAGAUGACCCAGAAACAAAACCUCUUCCCAGCAUCGCCUUGCUUGAGAUGCAAUGGUUUCUUCAUCGACUCACUGCCAUGAGUGGCGCCGCCAACGUUUUCUCUAAGAGAAGGCGAUUGGAGAUGUGA